AUGGCUGCUCCGCUGCCAGGCUUUGAGGAGCUGGUAUGUAGCUGGGACGGUCUGGUGUGGGAGCUGGCUUGCCGGGUCCUGAGGACGUGCCGAGGGGGACAUCUCGGGGUCCUGCAGCUGAUGCUGAAGCGAUGGUGCAUCUCCAGGGCAGUCUACCAGAUGACGGAGGGCCGCCGAUGCCAAGUCCAUCUUCUUGAUGACCGGAAGCUGGAACUCCUAGUGCAGCCCAAGCUUUUGGCAAAGGAGCUUCUAGACCUCGUGGCCUCGCACUUCAACCUGAAGGAGAAGGAAUACUUUGGCAUCGCGUUCACGGAUGAGACAGGCACACUCACAACUCAGUUGGAGAGAAGACUGAAGCAGAAUCGGUACCCCGGUGGUCUGCCGCCGUCGUUUCUGUGACUGACUUGGGGUUUCUCUUCCAGGUUCUACAUAGAAAGCAUUUCGUACCUGAAGGACAAUGCCACCAUUGAGCUCUUCUUUCUGAAUGCCAAGUCCUGCAUCUACAAGGAGCUUAUUGAUGUUGACAGUGAAGUGGUGUUUGAAUUAGCUUCCUAUAUUUUACAGGAGGCCAAGGGCGACUUUUCUAGCAAUGAAGUGGUAAGGAGCGAUCUGAAGAAGCUGCCGGCCCUCCCUACCCGUGCCCUGAAGGAGCACCCUUCCCUGGCCUACUGUGAGGACAGAGUCAUUGAGCACUACAAGAAGCUGAAUGGCCAGACCAGAGGGCAGGCCAUUGUGAACUACAUGAGCAUCGUGGAAUCUCUCCCGACCUACGGGGUCCAUUAUUACGCCGUGAAGGACAAGCAGGGGAUACCUUGGUGGCUGGGACUGAGCUACAAAGGAAUCUUCCAGUAUGAUUACCACGAUAAAGUGAAGCCGAGGAAGAUAUUCCAAUGGAGACAGCUGGAAAACCUCUAUUUCCGAGAAAAGAAGUUUUCCGUGGAAGUGCAUGACCCGCGAAGGGCCUCGGUGACCAGGAGGACAUUUGGCCACAGCGGCAUCGCGGUGCACACGUGGUAUGCGUGCCCUGCGUUGAUCAAGUCGAUCUGGGCAAUGGCCAUUAGCCAACACCAGUUCUAUCUGGACAGAAAGCAGAGCAAGUCCAAGAUCCAUGCGGCGAGAAGUCUGAGUGAGAUCGCUAUUGACCUGACGGAGACUGGCACACUGAAGACCUCCAAGCUGGCCAACAUGGGGAGCAAGGGGAAGAUCAUCAGCGGCAGCAGCGGGAGCCUCCUGUCCUCAGGCUCUCAGGAAUCCGAUAGCUCUCAGUCGGCCAAGAAGGACAUGCUGGCUGCCUUGAAGUCCCGGCAGGAAGCUCUGGAGGAAACGCUGCGCCAGCGGCUGGAGGAGCUGAAGAAACUCUGCCUGCGCGAAGCUGAGCUCACCGGCAAACUGCCCGUGGAAUAUCCCCUGGAUCCAGGGGAGGAGCCGCCCAUCGUUCGGAGAAGAAUAGGGACUGCCUUCAAGCUGGAUGAACAGAAAAUCCUGCCCAAAGGAGAGGAAGCCGAGCUGGAACGUCUGGAGCGAGAGUUCGCCAUUCAGUCCCAGAUCACGGAGGCCGCUCGCCGCCUCGCCAGCGACCCCAACGUCAGCAAGAAACUGAAGAAGCAGAGGAAGACGUCCUACCUGAAUGCACUGAAGAAGCUGCAGGAGAUUGAGAAUGCGAUCAAUGAGCACCGCAUCAAGUCGGGGAAGAAACCCACCCAGAGGGCUUCGCUGAUCAUAGACGACGGAAAUAUUGCCAGUGAAGACAGCUCCCUCUCGGAUGCCCUUGUUCUUGAAGAUGAAGACUCUCAGGUUACCAGCACAAUAUCCCCCUUACAGUCUCCUCACAAGGGACUCCCUCCCCGGCCGCCGUCGCACAAUCGGCCCCCUCCUCCCCAGUCCCUGGAGGGCCUCAGGCAGAUGCACUACCACCGCAACGACUACGACAAGUCACCCAUAAAGCCCAAAAUGUGGAGCGAGUCCUCUUUAGAUGAGCCCUACGAGAAGGUCAAGAAGCGUUCCUCUCACGGUCAUUCCAGUAGCCACAAGCGUUUCCCCAGCACGGGGAGCUGCGCCGAAGCAGGAGGGGGCAGCAGCUCCUUACAGAACAGCCCCAUCCGAGGCCUCCCGCACUGGAACUCCCAGUCCAGCAUGCCGUCCACCCCAGACCUCCGGCUUCGGAGUCCUCACUACGUCCAUUCCACGAGGUCGGUGGACAUCAGCCCCACGCGACUGCACAGCCUCGCACUGCACUUUAGGCACCGGAGCUCCAGCCUGGAGUCCCAGGGCAAGCUCCUGGGCUCCGAGAACGACACGGGGAGCCCCGACUUCUACACCCCAAGGACUCGGAGCAGUAACGGCUCGGACCCCAUGGACGACUGCUCCUCUUGCACCAGCCACUCCAGCUCGGAGCACUACUACCCCGCCCAGAUGAACCCCAACUACUCCACGCUAGCCGAGGACUCGCCGUCCAAGGCCCGCGAGCGGCAGCGGCAGCGGCACAAGUCGGCCGGCAACCUGGUGUCCUCGAACUCGGGGAGCAUGCCCAACCUGGCGGCGCGCGCCGGCGCGGGCGCGCAGGGCGUGUACCUGCACAGCCAGAGCCAGCCCAGCUCGCAGUACCGCAUCAAGGAGUACCCGCUGUACGUGGAGGGCAGCGCCACGCCCGUGGUGGUGCGCAGCCUGGAGAACGACCAGGAGGGCCACUACAGCGUCAAGGCGCAGUUCAAGACCUCCAACUCGUACACGGCCGGCGGCAUGUUCAAGGAGAGCUGGCACGGCGACGAGGGCGACGCGGUGCGGUUGACGCCGUCGCGCUCGCAGAUCCUCCGGACUCCGUCGCUGGGCCGCGAGGGCGCCCACGACAAGGGGCGCGCCGCCGUCUCGGACGAGCUGCGGCAGUGGUACCAGCGCUCCACGGCCUCGCACAGCCGCCUGUCCCACACCAGCUCCACCUCCUCGGACAGCGGCUCCCAGUACAGCACCUCCUCCCAGAGCACCUUCGUGGCGCACAGCAGGGUCACCAGGAUGCCCCAGAUGUGCAAGGCCACCUCAGCUGCCUUACCUCAAAGCCAGAGAAGCUCAACGCCGUCGAGUGAAAUCGGAGCGACACCCCCGAGCAGUCCCCAUCACAUCCUAACCUGGCAGACUGGAGAAGCAACAGAAAGCUCACCCAUCGUGGAUGGGUCUGAGUCUCCAACUCACCAAAGUACUGAUGAAUAGAGGAGCUACACUGAUAGCUGUUUCCUGGAUUCUUCCCUGUAUCCAGAACUAGCUGACAUCCAGUGGUAUGGGCAAGAAAAAGCCA